AUGAUAGUCCAGAACCACAAUAGCAAUCUUGAAUCUUCUAUUCCAUGUGAAAGUAGGGUUGUAAUAAAAGCGGAUAGCUCGGGCGUGUCGCGGGGGCGAAGGCGGGGAGCGGUGAGCGACAGCGGAUCGGUAUUCUACAGUUUAACGUCGCGCGUCGGUCUCUACACUCGCUUCCGCGCCCGCUACGCUAUGAAGGUGAAAGUCAAAGGCGCUAGAGCCAAAAACAUGGACAAGCUAAUUGCGGCUGUCCAAGCGAGAGAAUGUUUGUGGGACAAAAGCUAUCGAGGACAUAGGAAUAGGUUUAAACUGGAGAGAUACUGGAACGAAGUCGCAGCGGAAGUCGGAACUACGAGUCUAAAUUGCAGAAAAAGAUGGAAAAACCUGAAAGACCAAUGUCGCAAAGAAAUGAAGAAAUCGCCCAACGACUCAGAAUGGCCACAUUUUCAAAAAUUAAAAUUCAUUCAUCAUCAAUUUUUAGCGGAGGAUGAAGGUGAUGAAGAUACGACUGACGAGGUGUUUAAUGCUUUAGACGAAUCUAUCAAACGACCAAAACUUGGGUAUACGAUGCGUAAGAAAUUACUUGUUAACAAAAGGAGAACUAUAGAUGUCGACAUGAACAAGCUGAUUGAGUUAGUCCAAGCAAGAGAUAUUAUCUGGAACAGACAACUAAAAGGCCAUCACAAUUGGUACAAAUUAGAUGAAAGCUGGAAAGAGGUUUCGCAGGAGUUAGGAGUUACGCGUGACGAGGCGAGAUUAAAAUGGAAGUAUCUAAGAGACCAAGCACGUAAAGAAGUUCGUAAACAAGGGUCUGAAUGGGAGUAUUUACCUAAACUUCAGUUUUUAACGAACCAAUUCAACGAUUACGAAGGAAACGACGCCACAGAGGACCAUUUUACCCCAGACCAAGAUUUCGAUGCGACUACGGCGGAUCAAACAAAUUGUUUUUACAUAGAACCAACCACAAAUGAAGUUAGCGUAAAAGAUGACGAGUUUGAUGAAUUCGACACAAAACCUAUAAUCAUGGAAACUGAUUUUUAUGAUGAUGAUGAUGAAGCCCAGAAAAGUGCAGCAAAUAGUGAUACACCUGAAGUUACUAAGGAUGAGGACAUAGGGUUCUUCAACAGCCUGAUUCCUCACGUGAAGAAGUUAGGACCAGCUAAAAAGCUCAUGUUAAGAAUGAAAAUUCAGGAGCUAGUUUACAAUACAGUGUACAAUGAAACC